AUGGUAUUCACUUUGCCCCUUCCACCCCAGGCUACUCAGUAUUUCCCAGCGGAUGAAUCAAGAGGCUUUCAGUGGUUCGCCUUCUGGUCUUUUUCUGUCUUGCUCAUUGGACCCUGGCUGUUCUGUGUUUACAGACUAGUCACCCACUCCCUUGGAAGAUCCAAGAGGAUCAAGGAGGUACUCGACGAUCGCACCGCCCCUAAGACAGUCGUUGUGAUGCCUGUAUACAAGGAGGAUGCUGCGGUAUUGAUCAAAGCAAUUGAUUCAGUUGUUGAUUGCGACUAUCCCGCAUACUGCAUUCAUGUCUUCCUGUCGUGGGACGGAAAUACUGUAGAUGAAUGCUAUCUCCAAGUGAUCCAACAUCUUGGUAUACCCAUAUCUAUGAAGGUGUAUCCGCAAAGCAUCGAUGUCUGUUAUAAAGGCGCUCGAGUUACAGUUUCUCGGUUCAAGCAUGGAGGCAAACGGCAUUGUCAAAAACAAACGUUCAAACUCGUCGACAAAGUAUACAAGGAGUAUCUGAAGAGACACGAUGAUCUUUUUGUGCUUUUUAUCGACUCCGAUUGCAUUCUAGAUCGAUUUUGCCUCCAGAAUUUCAUGUACGAUAUGGAACUGAAACCAGGAAGCAAACGCAAUAUGCUCGCUAUGACUGGCAUCAUUACCUCCACAACGGAAAAGCACACACUUCUUACCAUUCUCCAAGACAUGGAGUAUGUCCAUGGGCAGCUGUUUGAACGGUCGGUAGAGUCGGGCUGUGGGGCUGUAACCUGCCUGCCGGGCGCAUUGACGAUUCUACGUUUUUCUGCCUUUCGCAAAAUGGCUAAGUACUAUUUUGCAGAUAAGGCUGAGCAAUGCGAUGACCUCUUCGAUUUUGGAAAAUGCCAUCUAGGCGAGGACCGAUGGCUCACCCAUCUUUUUAUGAUCGGUGCAAAGGAAGCGUAUCAAAUCCAGAUGUGUACCGGUGCCUUUUGUAAGACGGAAGCUGUCCAGACUUUCAGCAGUCUUUUAAAACAACGACGCAGGUGGUUCCUGGGAUUCAUCACGAAUGAAGUUUGCAUGAUCACUGAUAUACGGCUAUGGAAACGAUAUCCACUACUGUGCUUGGUUCGCUUCAUGCAGAACACCAUUCGAACAACUGCCUUGUUGUUUUACAUCAUGGUAAUUUCGUUGAUGACAACAUCCAAACGAGUUGAUGACCUGCCGGUCGGCUUCAUUGGAGUUUCCCUGGGAUUGAACUAUCUGCUCAUGUUUUACUUCGGACUCUGUCUCAAGCGUUACAAGGCAUGGCUGUAUCCGCUUAUGUUUCUUGUGAAUCCUGUGUUUAACUGGAUAUACAUGAUGUAUGGGAUUUUUACUGCUGGACAGCGCACCUGGGGAGGACCCCGAGUGGAUGCUGCUGCCGCCGAUGCUGAAACCACCCCUGGGGAAGCAGUAGAGCAGGCCAGGAAACAAGGAGACGAGUUCAACGUUAACAUCGAUACUUUCCGUACGAGUCUUGUGCGUCGGCGAUCUGUCCCAGUUCGACCAUCAAGUCAUGUCGAAGGACGAUUUGCGCCCGCCGAGCAGUUGCUUGACGGUUUUUACAUGGACACGCACGAGGCCAAUCGUCCCUUGGCUGGUCAACAGGGUUCAUUGCAUGAAGUACCUCGAUUUCAUCCACCCAAGGCAUUUAGAGACUCGAUGGAGUCUGUAUUUACAGCAUCUUCUGAAGCUGGAUCGAACUCAGCAUCUAUGCCGCACAACAUUGAGAAUAUGAUGAGUGAGGAAGAUCAACGGGAAUUAUACUGUGUCCGUCAAGCCCGAUCAUCAAACAGCAUGUCGCUGAUGGCAGGGCCUGGGAGCUCAGAGGAGGAGAUUAAAGGCCACUUGAAAUUUGACCCCAGAUAUGACACUUGUUGGCCCACUCCCCCAACGCCUGUCUUGGCAGUUCAUGGCUGGAAUGAGAUGCAUAAUCUUCACCCUGUAUUAAUUCCACAUAUUCCCUUAGAGGGUGUCAUUGAAACGGGUACGCCAGAAAAGAGAUGGCUAACGCGAUCUGUGAUCAGUCAACCUUCAUCUCUUGAGCCGCCCGACAGCAUGGUCUAA